AGUGACAUGAAUGUGAAAACUGCCUCUCCACUCCUUUUGUAACAGUAAUGGAGAAUCCGAUGAGCAGCUCAUCACCUCCUUCACGUAUUCAUGAAGAUGAUGGCUCAAAGGAGAACACUGAGGUGCCAUCUGGGCUAAAUCAUUCAGAAGGAUCGUGCUGUGGCAGCGCCUCCCAGUCUGCCAACCGUCCCGAUUUUGCCGAAGACCUCUUGCAAAACCAACUGUUGCGCCAUGAUUCAUUUAGUACGGCUGAUAAUAGCGAACUGAGGCCGGAGGAGGAGCAGAGAGCCAAGAGAGGAGGCUGGUCUAAAGGGCGGAAGAGGAAGAAACCGCUAAGGGACAGCAAUGCCCCCAAAUCCCCCCUGACGGGCUAUGUGAGGUUUAUGAACGAACGGCGGGAGCAGCUCCGAGCCAAGAGACCCGAGGUCCCGUUUCCCGAAAUCACCCGGAUGUUGGGCAACGAAUGGAGCAAACUCCCUCCGGAGGAGAAACAGGUACUGCUGUAUUACAGGUACUGCUGUAUUCGCCUUUCCCCCCCUUCGGGCGCAAAGUUUUCUGGCUGGGCUCUCCAACCCUGGGCCCCCUUGAGGACUG